CUGUGACUCAAGGCCACUCAUCAAGCUCGUCGGCAACUGUAGCACCUUCAAUUAAAGAACCUGAAUUCAGGCUCUACUUCAAUCAUAACAGUCCAUCUUUUGAGCGGGAAGCAGUAGCACUCGGGAUUGAAGGUGAUUUUUCACGAUUGCAAAUUAAAUUUUGUAUGUGCAGUUAAUUUUGAAUUGAAUACCUAACUUGCUACUGAAACUUAUAACGUUGCGUUACUAAACAUGAAGAAGAAAAUCAAUAAUAACAGAAGUGCUAUAAGCUGGGUCGGGAAACAGUAUGAACCACAAAUAGGACGCCCUGAUACAUAUCAUCAGACUUGCUUCUACAGAAAAUGUAUUUUGGGAUCACUCACUCUGGAGGUAGGAAACUAUGUUCUGGUUUCGAACAUGGACAAUGCUGAGCCAGAUUCAAUUUCUGGAUGUGAUAUAGCUCUGAUUGAGCAUAUGUAUGAACUAUUGACUGAUGACCCAAAAGUGGAUGUGUUUAGGGCCACUGUACAGUGGUAUUCUAGGCCGUCAGCUAUGCCAGCUAAAAUCAUUCACGAUGAGAAUUAUACCUUCAAUUUCGAUUACGAAAUCAUCGAAGACUAUCGCUUUAGUCCGGACAUAAAUAUUGAAACCAUUUUUGGACAUUGCAAAGUUGUAAUCGCGGACACUGAUAUCAAUAUUUCGGAACUGAUUGCGAAAAACACUACCAAACUUCCGCUGUUUGUAGCUCGCUAUAAACUAAGUCAUCUUCCUGGGACUAGGAGAAUGCAGUUGCUGGGGUUGAAGCAAUCGACCACGGAAGCAACUCUUCAUAAAAGAAAAUCCAUAGUUGCCUUGCACCGAGAAGAAUGUAUGGUUAUUGAUGAUUCCUAUAAGAAGAAUCUCGUGAAGGUUACCGAAGAGCUAGGUGAGGUCGAAAUAAGUGAUGAGGAAAACAUCUCGCCUUCAAAAAUUGCACGUAUGAACAGCGCUAGGCGAAAAUCGGGAAAUUUUCGUAGAAAUUUGAAUGCCAGUCUCCAUUUUGAAUCUGCGACAUCAGAUGAAGAAGUUGCAAACUAUUCUAUCAUCAAGGAUGAAUCUAAAAAUACUCCAGAUCUGAAGAUAAGACUAAGGCUGUCGGAGCGUCAGAAAUCUGAAGCUGAUACUCCUUCAAGAAGAUCUUCUAGAAAACGGUCUACAUACAUGGACAUUAUUGAUAACGAAACAUCUCCGAGAAAAACUAGGAAGUCAAUUACGGUCGAAGAAGAACUCCUACGAACUCCAACUGGCAGACCAAGACGAAAGAGCAUACUGAAGACACCUAGCACCAAGGCUACCGAAGCUGUGGGAACGCCGAAACGCAAUAUUCAGCUGUCUAAUAUUGUCGAAGAGUUAACCGAGAGCAGGCGCGUCUAUAGGAAGAUUAGUCAAACUCCGAAAAAGUCUGAAUCUGUUAUUGAAGAACCGAAAACGCCUCGGUCCAGAGCAACCAAAACAGCUUCACAGUCUACACCGAGUAGUGCUGCUAAGAUGAAACUAAUACGUUCGGGUGCUAUCAAACCCACUAUUCACAAGCGAGACGCUCCCAUAAAGACUUCUCUAGAUAAUCAACUGGCAAUGGCACGGGAACGCUUGCACGUUUCAGCAGUCCCGUGUAGUCUCCCAUGUCGGGAGAAGGAGUACAGUGAAAUGUUCAACUUCGUUGAAGGAAAGAUCAUUGAUGGCUGUGGAGGAUGCAUGUAUGUUUCUGGCGUUCCGGGAACGGGCAAGACUGCUACAACGACUGCGGUUAUUCGUUCAUUACAAUCCUUGGCUGAAGAAGAAGAAAUUCCCAAAUUUGAAUUUGUGGAAAUCAAUGGAAUGCGGUUGACUGAACCAAGACAAGCCUACGUUCAUAUCUAUCGUCAGCUAACGGGGAAAACAUUAGCGUGGGAGCAGGCGUACAAUUUGCUUGAGAAACGUUUCACCACGAAAGCACCGCGUCGAGUAACUACUGUUGUCUUGGUCGAUGAAUUGGACAUCCUUUGCAACAAACGUCAGGAUGUCGUGUACAACUUGCUAAAUUGGCCAACAUUGAGCUCCGCCCAGCUGGUUGUCAUCACCAUAGCAAAUACCAUGGACCUGCCGGAACGCUUACUGAUGGGAAAAAUUUCAUCGCGACUUGGUUUGACACGACUGACCUUCCAACCGUACAACUUCCGUCAGCUGCAAGAAAUCGUCAUGGCCCGUUUAAUUGGAACCUCUGCCUUUGAUGCUGAAGCCGUCCAAUUGGUAGCGCGGAAAGUGGCUGCCGUUUCCGGCGAUGCUCGGCGAGCAUUGGACAUUUGUCGCCGGGCGACUGAAAUAGCGGACGAUAAGUCUCGAGAGACUGGUCGUUCUGUGAGCGUUUCAAUGGUUCAUGUGCAGCAGGCUCUCGGUGAGAUGAUUGCCAGUGCCAAGGUACAGACAAUCAAAAGCUGUUCACGAAUGGAACAACUAUUUCUGCAAGCAGUUACAGCAGAGGUUACUCGCACAGGCAUAGAGGAAUGCAAUUUUCUGGGUGUAUACGCGCAAUUCGAAUCGCUCGCAGCAUUUGCCGGCAUAACGGUACCGAAUCCUGGACGAGCGAUUGCCAUUUGCAGCCGGUUGGGAGCAUCACGUAUACUAAUCUGUGAAAACUCUCGCAAUGACAUUUAUCAGAAGAUUCUUCUAAACAUUAGUUCUGACGACGUGCAUUACGCGCUACAGGCAAGUAAUCUGAUUUAAGAAACAAAACUUUUAUUUAUUGACUCCAUG